GCUAGCGAAGGAUUUAUUCCUCUAGCAAUCGGACAUAUAGCUUUAGUGAACGUGGUGUAAUUCUACUAAAAUUUGACGAAGUAAUCCUAUACAAUGACAGCGGUGAAUCCUCCUCUAUUCUUCCGUUCCACGCUGCGACUGCUGCUGCUUCCUGUGCUGAUUACACAAUCACACGCUACUUGGCGCCAGGCAAAUGGACAGCUUGUUCCGAUCGAUCAUCAAUUACAACCCCGGCUGGAGGAAGUUUGCUGUAACGAUCUGCUGACGGUGGACCGCGACAGUUACUAUCAGAAACGAUACGAGGCUACUCUGGCGCUGAAGAGUGACACCACCCUUAAGGAUGUCGAGAUUGACAUUCGGUUCGAUCGGGAUGUUGAUCUGCUAGUCAAUUACUUCGGAACAUCUAGCAGCCUCAACAAUCGAGAUUUCCGCAUUACGAAGCAAGGUUACACGGUUUAUGCCCACUCCACCUUAAGCCUUAAAUUAGAAGUCAGUUACUCCACAAGUUCGCAACCAAGGCCUAUAGAAGUGCGACUAAACGGAGUGAUUCAAUGUCCCUUGAAACCAACUGCUCGAACGUCCGUUCAACCCGCUGAUCCGGUUGCUGUUUAUCGUUACCCCCCGACUAGUUGGACGCUUGCUAGCGACCCAGUUUCCCCUCAAGCUGUCCCGCUGACACGUCCACUACCUAUCGGAGGAAAUUUUGCUGUGCUAUAUCCUGUCCCAAAGCCGGCUGUACCGAGAAAUUUCACCGACAAUAAGGAAAGCAGAUUCAAUUCCUCCUGUCAGGCUAUGAGUCCGAACAUAGUAAUUACCUCCGGUCGGUGGGAUGGAAUUCUAACGCUGAAUACGGAUGUUACCGUCGAUCGGGUGGCUAUCGAGAUUGUUUUCGAUGGGCCGAUAUACCUUAUUGGGAACUUGUUCGGGGAGGUCCGCACAGAGGAUAACGUUCGAUUUAUGAUCGAAAACAGCACGCUGAUCUUGGCACAGGAUGCGGAAGUGCAGUUGCACUUUUUCGUUAAAUUCAACGAAAUAGGCCGGGUUCCUGAUGUGCGGGAAAUCAACUUUAACGGGAGAGACAUCUGUCGGCAGCGACGGCGAAGAGUUUCGUCCGAAACCGAAGCGCCCUCGAGAGUGUUUGGGUCGAGCGAUGGUCUCAGCACGAUGGCUCCUUUCAGACAAAUGACUACUACUGGAGCUGCCUCUGAGGAAGAUUAUGACGAAAGUGAAUGCGCAACGAUGUAUUCGUUGAACGAGCCGAAAGUAGCUUCAAGAAUUAUUGGAGGAACCAAUGCAAAAUCCGGAGAAAUUCCGUGGCAUGUGGCAAUUUUCUAUGACGAUCAAUACCAAUGUGGUGGAAGUAUCAUCGCACGACGCAGCAUUCUAACGGCGGCACAUUGUCUAACGAAGGAAAAUACCAAUGAGACUCUGCAAUUAGACAUGUUGAAAGUUUAUAUUGGAAUGGUGGACAUGAGCCAAGUGGAAGACUACUUCUACCAUGCCGUGUCGGAUGUAGUGAUUCAUCGAGAUUACAAUGCCGCUCAGCAUACUACGGACAUAGGAAUUGUGAAACUGAAAAAAGAUAUCGUUUUUAACAGUUUCAUUAAACCAGUUUGUUUGUACAGCAACACAACCGAUAUUAGUGCGUUUUACACUCGCUAUGGAAAGGUUGCUGGCUGGGGAUUCAAUCGAAAUGGGGUUGUGUCGAACGUUCUUAACUAUCUGGACAUGCCCGUGGUGGCACAAAAGAAGUGCUCACAAACUAACGUUCAGUACAAUACCGUGUUGGCGUAUGGGGAAUCAUUCUGCGCGGGACACGCUGAUGGAAAUUCUGUUUGCAACGGCGACAGUGGAGGUGGAUUGGUAUUUGUGGAAAACUUACGCUACUAUUUGCGUGGAAUCGUAUCGAUUAGCGCGCAGAAACGCAACCAAUUAAUGUGCGAUCCGAACCGAUAUUCAGUGUUUACGGAUGUAUCAAAAUUUCUCAAAUGGAUACGAAAGAAUACAGAAUAGCUAAGUAAUCAUGCCACAAGUCUUUUUCAUUUCGUUGAAAAUAAACUUCGUUCGUCAAGUUUCAAGCAAAAUUAUUCCCCUGUUAAUCCUAAAA